AUGCUCUCCAUGCAACAGUUCCCUGCCCUGCCUGCGGAGGAGGAGCGCUACCGGCAGGUCCUCUCCGCCAGCCGGGUCUUAGGAACAGAUGAGGAUAAUAUGGGGGAUGGUUGCUCUCAGAAACUGGCUUCUGCCAAGUUUCUUCGACUUUUGCUCCUAAUACUGAUUCCGUGCAUCUGUGCCCUUAUCCUUUUGUUGGUGAUCCUGCUUACCUUUGUAGGGGUGUUAGAAAAAACAUGCUUUUAUUCAAAUGGAAGUGAGGUCCUCACAGUUAACAGUGACAUUGAAACAUCUGAUGUUCUUUUGCCAAACAUGGUUGAAAACAGUUCCAAGACUGAUACCACAAUGGAUCUCAGCACAUGGCCCUCUUCCUGGACCACCACGCCUUCAUCCCGCAUUGACCAAAUGAACAAGAACUCAAAUAUAUUUAGAGAGACUUUCCAGGAAAAUUCAUUUGCUCUCACAACUCAAGCCACAGUGCUCAAUCCUCAUCCUACAUAUGAUGCUGCUUUGGCAGAGGGCUCUGAAGACAGCACCCAGCUGUUUGCCACUGCAGAGGAGGCGGCUUUGUGGUCUACAGAUUCAUCCUUUAACAACACAGAGAGGAUGACCACUCUGCCAGUAUUGAGUCCUACCCGUCCAUCUGUGUCACAAAAAAUGGAUCAGAAAAAAAGUGCCUGCAUAAAUAUCACCAACAGCCAGUGCCAAAUGCUGCCAUAUAACUACACCACUCUAACUUCAGUUCUUUCCAUUGUCAAAAGUAUUGAAAUGGAAAAGUUCCUGAAGUUCUUCAGUUAUCUCAAUCGUCUCAGCUGCUAUCAACACAUCAUGCUGUUUGGCUGUAGUCUUGCUCUUCCUGAAUGCAUCAGUGACGGUGAUGACAGUCGAGGCCUCUUGCCCUGCAAGACAUUUUGUGAGGCAGCAAAAGAAGGCUGUGAACCAGUCCUGGGUAUGGUAAAUGCUUCUUGGCCAGAAUUCCUGAAGUGCUCUCAAUUCCAAAAUGAAACUGAAAAUGACACCACUACAAGGGUAUGCUUCUCACCACACCAAGAAAAAGGAAAGCAGUCACUGUGUGGACGAGAGGAGAGUUUCUUGUGUGCCAGUGGGAUCUGCAUCCCAGGGAAACUGGAGUGUAAUGGCUACAAUGACUGUGAUGACUGGAGUGAUGAGGUCCAUUGCAACUGCAGUGAAGAUGUAUUUCGUUGCAACACAGGAAAAUGCCUAAAUUAUACCUUUGUUUGUGAUGGAUAUGAUGACUGUGGAGACCUUAGCGAUGAACAAAACUGUGAUUGUAAUCCAGUGACGCAUCAUCAGUGUGGAGAUGGGAGAUGUAUAACAGCUGAUUGGGUAUGUGAUGGUGACCAUGACUGUAUAGACAAAUCAGAUGAAAUCAAUUGCUCAUGUCAUAGUCAGGGUCUGGUGGAGUGCAGAAAUGGGCAGUGCAUUCCUAGUGCAUUCCAGUGUGAUGGAGAUAAUGACUGUAAAGAUGGAAGUGAUGAAGAAAACUGCAGCGAAAGCCAAACCCUCUGUCAGGAGGGAGACCAGAGAUGUACUUCCUGUCCUGAUCCCUGUGGACCUUCUCUCUGUGAGAUGAGAAACAGCCAGCCAAACUGCAGUCAGUGUGAACCAAUUACUCUGGAACUCUGUAUGAACCUGCCUUACAACUAUACUUAUUACCCAAACUACCUGGGCCACAGGACGCAGAAGGAAGCCUCUAUCAGCUGGGAGUCUUCGCUUUUCCCGGCCUUGGUUCAGACCAACUGCUACAAGUACCUUAUGUUUUUUGCCUGUACAAUCUUAGUACCAAAAUGUGACCCCCAUACAAAUCAGCGGAUCCCACCUUGCAGGACAUUAUGUGUACAGUCAAAGGAACGCUGUGAGUCUGUGCUUGGGAUUGUAGGUCUGCAGUGGCCAGAAGAUACUGACUGCACUCAGUUUCCAGAUGAGAACUCAGACAACCAAACUUGUCUAACACCAGAUGAAGAUGUAGAAGAAUGCUCACCCAGUCACUUCAAGUGCCGUUCUGGGAGGUGUGUUCUGGCAUCCAGAAGAUGUGAUGGUCAAGCUGACUGUGAGGAUGAUAGUGAUGAGGACAGCUGUGGUUGUAGAGAAAGGGGUCUUUGGGAGUGUCCUUUGAAGAAGCUGUGCAUCAAACACACUAUGAUCUGUGAUGGUUUCCCAGACUGCCCUGACAUGAUGGAUGAAAAGAACUGCUCAUUUUGUGAAGAGAGUGAACUUGAAUGUGCCAACCAUGAAUGUGUGCCACGUGAGCUCUGGUGUGAUGGGCAAGCAGACUGCAGUGACAGCUCAGAUGAAUGGGACUGUGUUACCCUGUCUAAAAACAUGAAUUCCUUGAUGUUCCUGACCAUUCACAGGUCAGCUGCUGAUAACUAUGUUUGUGCUGAUGAGUGGCAAGAAAAUUUAAGCCAACUGGCCUGCAAUCAGAUGGGUUUAGGAGGACCAUUCAAAACAGAAAUUGUACUAGAGAAUGAGGAAAUGCAGCAUCAAAAAUGGCUGAAUCUGCACUCAGACUGGAAGAAUAAAAAUGCAUCCACGUUACACGCACUUCUAGUGAAUGGACAGAUGUGUCGAAGCAGAAGCAGAGUGGCUCUCUUUUGCACUAAAGAAGACUGUGGCCGUCGCCCUGCUGCUCGCAUGAACAAGAGGAUCCUUGGUGGUAGGACCAGUCGCCCAGGCCGAUGGCCGUGGCAAUGCUCCCUGCAGAGCGAGCCAAGUGGACACAUAUGUGGCUGUGUUUUGAUUGCAAAGAGAUGGGUCUUGACAGUAGCACACUGCUUUGAAGGGAGAGAAAAUGCAGCUGUUUGGAAAGUAGUGUUUGGGAUUAGCAAUCUUGAUCAUCCAUCAGGCUUCAUGCAGACCCGACUAGUGAAGACCAUCAUCCUCCAUCCGCGCUACAACAGAGCAGUCGUAGACUAUGAUAUCAGCAUUGUGGAACUAGAUGAGGAUAUCAACGAGACAAGCUAUGUAAGACCUGUCUGUUUGCCCAGCAAGGACCAGUUGGUUCAGCCCGAUACCUACUGCUACAUCACAGGCUGGGGACACAUGGGCAACAAAAUGCCUUUCAAGCUUCAAGAAGGAGAGGUUCGCAUAAUUUCCUUAGAACAAUGCCAGUCAUACUUUGACAUGAAAACCAUCACCAGCAGGAUGCUGUGUGCUGGCUACGAGUCUGGCACUGUGGACUCUUGCAUGGGUGACAGCGGAGGACCGCUUGUGUGUGAGCAACCUGCAGGGCGCUGGACUUUGUUUGGUUUAACAUCUUGGGGCUCUGUCUGCUUUUCCAAGGUUUUGGGACCUGGAGUUUACAGUAAUGUGUCACAUUUUAUUGAGUGGAUUGAAAGACAAAUAUACAUCCACACCUUUCUGCUAAACUAACUCCAGAUGGUAAGAAUUGUGCUGACAGACAAAAGAAAAAAGGAAUCAGCACUUCAACACUGAAGAUUUUGCAGUCCAGAAACUCUAUGAAAAGGAGUUUCAAGCUCUAUCUAUUCUUGUUGUGGAGCUAUGGAAUAUGCAGUGUAUGUUAACGGUAAACCCUCUGCUGGUGAAUAUACUUUGGGGUAGAAUUAAUAAUCCUUUUGACUUUUCUUUUAACUGUGUUGUGGUGCUAUUCCAAACACAGCAAAAGGCUUAAAAGAGAAGAAUCAGCCACUUUCUGCCUUUCAGCUAUUCAAACUAAGCAGUAGCACAGACUAGAAAAACCUUUUUAGAUAACCUGUUUUAAUACUGUUCAAUUGGUAGCACAUGCAUUUUCACUCGUUGUCAUGAGGAAUGAACUCGGUGCAUUCAGACGGCACCGACAGGACGUAUAUUCACAAGGGCAACGCCAGGCAUGGUCGCACCACACGCUGGAGGGCGCGGGAGAGAUCGACGAGUUUGUACGUCCCUGUGGCACAGGGCACAUCAAAGUACACGUGCAGGUCUCCAAAGGUGCGUAGCCGUGUGCUGCUGGUGUGCCUGAGCUAACGCAUUCUGUCCCUCAGGGUGGCUAACUUGCAUGGGCCGUAGCCCUGUACCUUCCUGACUCCACGGCUCGUGUUCCCAGGGCCAGCUCGGGUGUCUCUGCAGGGUGAUGGAGGGACCAGUAGGCCAACAGACCCGUAACUACCACGUGAGGCACCCCAGACCAAAACUUAGUUGUUCAGACUCUUUGGACAGUUUCUACCACUUAAUUUUCUGAGGCUUCCAAUGUCUUAAGGUGUCCAGGAAGCACCCAUGUCUUGACAGCACUACACCGAUCAGCACAUUUAUCAAACCUCUGCCCCACUGGCUUUUUUCCCCAUUUUGUAUAGUGUGUUCAGCCUAUAAAGCGUGCAUUGACCAUCUCCAGCCCUCUAAAAACAUACCAGGGUUGGCAAUGCCACUGCAACCAUUUCACCUCCUAGAGUCAGCUACUGUGAAUGUGUGGUGAGAUGUGGAAAAUGCAGAUUUAAAGUGCAAAAGACGCAGUGUGAGCAGUAUCCCAAAUAGUGGGAAACUGGGUACUUUUUGAUAGGUCUCUUCUAGUAUCUUGCAUUGAAAGUUUCAUUUUGCUUAGCAAGAUUAAACAAUCGGGAGAAAGAAAAAGGCAGAAAGAAAUCUGAAUGACAGAAGACUUGGAUUCCAGCUUCUGUUCAAAUGAAUAUUAAAAAAACGUUAAGCAAAGUACAACAGCUUCAUUAGCAAAGGCUGAAAAAGCCUGCUCAAGUGCGCGGUAGCCAGAUGGCGGAGGGCUCUGUGCAGUAGGUAAGAGGCUAAGCCUUGACUCCAAGAGAGUCUGGUUGAAAAGAAUUAUAACGGAGCUUGGCACCUGCGUAUGGUGCUAGAGGGGAGGUGCAUCUCACCGGCCGCUGUAGGUGACGUCCUGCGCAGCUCACAGCUUUUGGGAGGCCAGAGUAGGAGGAGUCAGGAACCUGAGGAUUACAGGAUGAAUUUCACUGCGGAGCGAUGCGUUUAAAAUUUGCGCUUUCAGUGCUGUGCCUGGUCCCCUGUGAAUCCAGCCUAAGGCAUGUAAUUACCCUCUCUGCUACCUCUGGCAUGCCCCCAUGACAACAUGGCAGGGCCUUGUCAAUACCAUGACUGCCAUAUGUGGAAACAUGCAUUAAAAGAUCUAACUAAUGGACAUUUCAGGUACUAUUAAUCAUGUUACAACUAAUCUACAUAGAUCUGACUAUUGCUUUAGUGAAGGUUUACCUCUUAUUUCCAUAUCUUCUCCUUUAACAUGCCUAACAUUAGAUGUACUAGACAGCGCUCUAGACAGCAUUAUUCAAUAUUUAUGUUAUGGAUUCUGAAACUCUAUUUAAAGUGACUAUUGUAUCACGGUUUCAUGCUCAGAAAGA